AUGAAGUUCAUCACCAUUGCCACCACCCUGGCCGCUGCCAGCGCCGCUGUUGCGGCGCCCCAUACUGCUAAACGGGAUCUCCGACCCAUCUCUCUCACCAGUCUCGCCGCAGACUACUACGACCAGACUCCGCCCGCGAGCACUACGGUCUCUUUUCAAUUGAGCGACCCAAACACCAAUAUUGAGACUGCCUGCGAUGCUGUCUGGUCCGUUGGCGGCGCUGGAACCACCAAGUACAACUGCAGCGACCACACCUACCAGCUCAACUUCCCGAACGGCAUCUACAACAUUGAGGAUUUCAUGAUCCAAAUUUCGCGUCCCGAUGGCUCCGAGUCCGGCAAGGCGCGUGCCUAUGGCAACGAUUGGAAGUGUGAGAAAAAGGAUGGUUACCCUUCCGAGUCGUGCCGCUGGGAUGGUGUUUUCCAUGUUGGCGUGAGCAAGUGA